AGUCAUGAGGUGUGGAGGCAGGCCCUCAAGGGGCGUUUGACUACUAUCCCGCUUCGAAAUCCACAACGCAUACUGGACAUGGGCACAGGUACGGGAAUUUGGUCUAUUGACAUGGGCUACUUGUAUCCUUCGGCAUUUGUCAUUGGGACCGACGUCUCACAAAUCCAGCCCAGCUGGGUACCUCCUAAUGUCAAGUUCAUCAUGGACAACUUUAAUGCAAGUGUAUACAGAGAAGUGAAGACGUACGACAUGAUACAUAUGCGCGACCUCCUUGGGUGUGUUGAAGACUGGCCGAGUUUAAUUGCCAAAUGCUUUAGAUCGCUCGAACCAGGUGGCUGGCUGGAGGUAGCCGAGCCUAGUAUUCAUAUACUACCGUUUGAUCCUUCAGGCCCCGUGCCUAUACCUGCAUUCUCUGACUGGGCAAAUACAUUCGUCAAGGCCGGCGAAGAGACCGGCAUGAGCUUUGAUGUAGCCUCGAAUAUUGCGGGGUGGUUGACAGAGGCUGGAUUUGUGAACGUCAAACUGGAGAAAAUAACAGUCCCAGUAGGUAGAAAGACUCAGCUUGGCCGAUACAAUCAAGCGAGACUGCAUUAG